AUGAAGUCCCGUCGGCCCAGCUGCACCGACUCUGGAUCCGAGUCGUCAGAAUCAGACUCCAAGAGCCCAGAGAAAUACGAGACCGCCACACGGCGAAGGAUGGCCGCCAACGCCCGCGAGAGGAAGAGGAUGCAGGGUUUGAACACGGCCUUCGACCGCCUGCGCAAAGUGGUGCCGCAGUGGGGCCAGGACAAGAAACUGUCCAAGUACGAGACCCUGCAGAUGGCCCUCAGCUACAUCAUGGCCCUCAACCGCAUCCUGACGGACGCCAGGAGGCACAGCGCUCCCCACAGGCAGUGGCUGGACCUGCAGUUUGACUGUGUGCAGCCCGAAAACUACGCCUGCCUCAUGAGGUACAACUGUCCCGCCGAGGAGGAGUACAUCCACUCGGCGUUCUCGUAUCAGUUUGACGGCCACCAGGUGCAAACAUGA